AGGUUUACUAAACGUUAACACAAGUAUUGGCUUCGUCUUCCCCACCGCAGCCCUAAACCCACCGAACCCGUGGUUUCUCUGCAACUCGAGAAUCCGCUACCGCCAUGAAAUCUCGAUUUCCGCAAAAUGUCCCUAUGUUCUCUCACUGUUCGCGUUUCUUCCAUCCCCGUACUCAUCGACGAGCCUUUACCUCCUUCCUUAAGAACAUCCAUUCCAACUCCCAACUUCGCGCUUCUUCCAUCACCGGAGGCAGCGGGGAAAACGGCGGUGGUGGUUCUAAGGGUAGCUUCUCCGUGAUUACCGAAGGAAUGCACUUCUUUUGCCCGGAGCAACUGUGGCCACCAUCCUUAUGCUGGGGGCUCUCCAUGCCCGUCGCCUAUACGAGGACAAGAAGAUUGAAGAGAAACGAGGAAAAGGAAUUGAACUUGAGUUCCAACCAGACGUUAAAGCCUCAUUCCUCCGGAUCCUACCUCUGCGAACCAUCUCAAGAAUGUGGGGCUCCUUUACAAGAGUGCCGUUCUUCUCAGGAAAUUCCUGUCUGGAUGCGUCCGUAUGUGUAUAAAGCAUGGGCUCGAGCUUUCCAUUCAAACCUUGACGAAGUAGCUCUGCCUCUUGAAGAAUACCCAUCUCUUUGGGAUUUCUUUAUUCGCAGCUUGAAAGGAGGUUGCAGGCCUAUUGAUCAAGAUCCCCAUUGUCUGAUUAGUCCUGUGGACGGCACCAUACUAAGGUUUGGGGAGUUGAAAGGGGAUGGGGCAAUGAUCGAGCAAGUUAAAGGGCAUUCUUAUUCUCUAACAGCUCUUCUUGGUGCGAGCUCUUUGCUUCCCUUGGCGUCUGAAUGUAGAGAUGAGAGGCAAGAGGGUACUGUUGGAGAGAAGAGUGAUAAGUCAUGGUGGAGAAUCUCUUUGGCAUCUCCCAAACUACAGGAGACUAUCUCAGUGCGUCCAAUGAGUGGGCUUUAUUAUUGCGUAAUAUACCUGAGACCAGGGGAUUAUCAUCGGAUACACUCACCAGCUGACUGGAAGGCCAUGGUUCGCCGGCACUUUGCAGGUCGGCUGUUUCCUGUGAACGAGCGUGCUACAAGAACUAUAAGGAAUCUCUAUGUCGAAAACGAAAGGGUGGUGCUUGAGGGGCUUUGGCAAGAGGGUUAUAUGGCACUUGCAGCGAUUGGGGCGACGAACAUUGGGUCUAUUGAGAUAUUCAUAGAAAGGGAACUGAGAACGAACGAGCCAAGGAAGAAGCUGUUUCCUGCAGAGCCGCCGGAGGAGAGAGUGUACAACCCUGAAAGAGGAGGAAUAGUGCUAAAGAGAGGGGAGGAGGUAGGAGGAUUCGGCAUGGGGUCCACAGUGGUGGUUGUUUUCCAGGCCUCCUCUCAGUUCGGGUUCUGCGUGGGACGCGGAGACAGAGUUCGUGUCGGACAACCUCUGGGACGGCAUGGCAGUGAUUGAUCGUAUGCUUUCCCCACAUCACAACAAGGUCACUUCUAUGCCCUCUCUCUCUCUCUCUCUCUCUCUCUCUCUGUGGUUGGAUUUUAUUUAAGAUCCCUAAUCUCCGCAUUCUUCGUAUCUACGAGAGACAUUAUGGGCUAAAAAAGGGAAAAAGUAAAAAGUCUCGUAUCGACACCUCCUCUCCUCCAUUCGCGUACUAACAUACAUUGCAAAUCCUAAAGGGCACUCAAAAAUCAAUGGUUUAUGCUUAUCAUAUGAAAGAGCGUAAAGCUUACACAAA